GCUCAUCGUUUAUUGUUGCACCUGUCACCUGCCGUUGAAUUUCUUGAUUGUCGUGAAAUGCUCGACCUGGAUUCUCCUAGUGUCCAGUUCGUUGGACUGGUCUCCAUUGUUGGCGGCCUGAUCGUGUGGGCUUACACCCUCCUGACCAAUCCAUUAGCCAAGCUCCCCGGCCCCUGGUACAGUAUAUGGACGGAUACGGUGUUGAGAUACCACAUCUUGAAAGGCCAAAGACCAACUUAUGUGCAUUCGCUUCACCUUAAAUAUGGCCCCAUCAUCCGCAUCGGUCCAACUGAAGCCAGUAUUCAAGACUUAAGCUCUGUGAAGCAAAUAUACCGCGUCAAAGGCGAGUUCCUCAAAUCAGUCUUCUAUCAGAAAUUCUCCCCGGACCGGCAUAAUAUCUUCAACACCCUGGACGUCAAUUUCCACCGGCGGUGGCGCCGUCUUCUCUCGGCGCCCAUCUCGGAGACCGGUCUGGUCGCGCAUCAACCCGUUAUCGAGGGGAAAAUCCGGCUAGCUGUCCAGAGAAUGGUAGAGGAGAUGGAAAAGAGAGGGGCGGCGGACGUGUUCCAUUGGUUCAUGUGCAUGACGACGGAUAUCAUUGGGGAGCUGAGUUUUGGAGAGUCGUUCCACAUGUUGGAGACCGGAUCGAAAACACAGUACAUUCGUGACCUUGAACAAAUCGCCUUCGCCAGCAGUAUCCGGGCUACCAUCCCAUGGAUCUACAAGCUCGCGCAAUGGAUGCCUUUCCGCACCCCCGUCCUAACCGACAUCGCCGAGCAAGCGAAGCGCACCAUGAGCUACGCCGGGCAGGCGAUAAAGCAGCAUUAUGAUCUCGUCGACAAACAAGGCGAGGACGCCAAACCCACGCUCUUCUCGAAAUUGUACAAAGCCGGGGAAGACGGGUUGAAUUUUGCUGAGAUAAGGGAUAACGCUGCGUCGUACAUCAUUGCCGGCAGCGAUACGACAACCAAUACGCUGACGUAUCUUGUUUGGUCAGUGUGCAAGCACCCGCAUGUUCAGAGGAGACUUGUGGAUGAGUUGAGUGGCCUCUCGGAUGAUGACCUGGAGGACCAGAAGUUGAAGAACUUGCCGUACUUGAACCAGGUUAUUCAGGAGUCGAUGAGGCUGUACCCAGCUGCGCCAUCGGGCUUACCGAGAGCUGUGCCCAGGGAGGGCGCUGAGAUGGGUGGGUAUUUCAUCCCUGGAGGACAUACCGUGUCGGUGCAGGCGUAUAGCAUGCACCGGGAUGCGGCGGUGUAUCCGGAGCCUCUUGUGUUCGAUCCGUCUAGGUGGGAGGAACCGACUCAAGCGAUGAAGGACUCGUUCGUGCCAUUUGGUGGAGGAAGCCGGAUAUGCCUUGGUUUGCAUCUGGCCCGGAUUGAACUUCGCUUGGCUACGGCGAGAUUCUUCAGGACUUUUCCAAAUGCGAAGAUGUCCAACUUGGAAGGAUUUAGCGAUGAGGACAUGAAGCCGGCUAUGUUCUUUUUGCUCACACCUAAGACCAGGCGGUGUUUGGUUGAAGCUUCUUGAACAGUAUGCCAUCUACAGUCAUGGGUCGGC